UCCAAAUCUUUUUCUUUUUCCAUCCAUGAGAUCUCGAUUCAAUCUACGGCGUAAAUCAGCCGGCGUUCAUUUUCCGGCCACCGGCGUUCAUUUUUCGGGUCAAAUAAACAUUAUUGAUAUCUGUAUAUGGAAUUAGGUUAAAUUAAAAGGUUAAACCAUGGCAAUCUUCGAUGAUGAAGAUGAACCACUUGCUGAAUUCCUCGAAUCGGAGAUCUUCUCUCUCUCCGAUCAGGAUGAAGAGAUGGUAGAGGAUAUCUUGGACGAAGGUGAUGUGAAGAGGAAAGGUAAGCACUUCAAAGAUGAGGAUGGUAAUGAUGGAUUUGAAGGAGAGGAGGAGCGAGUAACAAAGAAAAUGAGAGUUCUGGAGGACGAGGAUGAGGAUGAGAUUGAGGGAGAGGAGAAGCGGGAGCAAGAUGAGGAGGAGGAGGAGGAAGAAAAGAGGGAAGCAAAGGUGAUGAAAAUUGAAGAGGAGGAGGAAGACGAGGAGGAAAAGGUGAAGGCAUUAUUAUCAUCUCCAUCUUUGUCAGCACCACUCAAAGUCGAAGCUGAAGCUGAAUGUGCAUCUUCACCUCCAAGGAUGAGUCAAAGUGUCAUGGAUAAUCAUAACAGUGUUGCCAGUACAAGCAACAACAAGGGGCAGGUCCCAAGUAGGAUAGAGACUGGGAUUCUCAGUAAAGUACCUCCAGAGUUGCUCCGUCACAUCCUCAAGUUCCUUUCACCAGAGGAUCUUGUGGCAUGUACAAUGGUCUGCAAGUUUUUAAAUUUUGCUGCUUCUGAUGAAUCCUUGUGGCGCUGGCUGUACCACAUGCGAUGGGGUCUGUUGCUCCCAACAAGAAAGCCACGGGAUUGUGCUUGGAAGAAGCUUUACAUCCAGCGUGAUGCAGAUGAUAUGAUGGAGUUUGUCAGGAAUACUCCUACAGAAUUUAAGGAGUAUUACAUACAAAUGCAGGCAGCAAAAAGAAGCCAAGCUCCUCCUCCGUCUCAGGUAAGUGAUGACCGAAUAAUUCUCGAUAAGACAAUUGCUGAUCAAGUUUCUAUUUGGAAGAAAAACAAAGGUCUGGGUGAUAAAGUGGUGAUUGAUCAUGUGUGCUCUGGGGAUACGUGCACUUACUAUCAAAUAGGAGAUGUAUAUGUUUGUGAGAAAACUGGACAUGUCCAUGUUUGUGAUGACACGUGUAGGGAAGUUGUACCUGAUCCUAUAAAUGGUGUUCUGGUGUGUACCACUUCAGGCCGCUGUUUUGAUACGAUGUUGUCACCUUCCGAAACGGAACUAGAUGGGGAGCAGCAACAAGUUGGCACUACAGAUGAAGCAGAGCCAUUCAUGGGAUCGGGUCGUUUUGCUCGAGCUUAUUUAUUGGGAUAUAACUGUGAUGACGAGAAAGAGCUAGAAGAUGCUUUGCGCUUUUGCUGAUGUGUAUAGUUAAAACUUUUGGCUUCCAAUGAUGACACUCUAGCAAGUCUUGUUUCAAUCUUGUACUGUAGCUGUAGAUCACUAUAUUAAGUAUUACAAAGCUUGUUUUUUCACUUAA